AUGAUGGGCCUAACCCGAAGCCAGUCCUUGAGAAGCGGAGACUAUUUGGAAGGAAUGCUCAGCGACUACAUGCGCGCCAAAAACAACAACAACAACAACAACAACUUCAAAAUCCGGGCCCAAAAGGGUGCCUCGGCCAAGCUGGUCACGACCCUCACCUGCCUCCAAUUCGUAUUCGCCCUCUACGCUACCUCCCUACUCUACUUCAUGAGCCCAUCCAUCGACCUCACUUCCCGAGUAGCCCAUCAGUGGCGCCAGCUCAGCAUAAUCCCGGGACGCAAUCAAAUGACCAACUCGUCCCUAGCCACGUGCGAGCACGAAAAGAUCGACUUUGAGCAGAAGAAGUCGAGCGACGCCCUCAUGAUCAAGCUCAAGACAGAGCUCUACAAGGAAAUCCUCGACUUCCAGAGCACCAGCAUAGGCACCGAGACUCUCCCCGAGCUCCUGGCCAUGAAAUCCAGGUGGGAUAUGCGCGGCGGGCCCCACAACACCCCUAAGGUGACCGUUAUCUUGAACCACUUCAAGCGCAAGACCUUAUGCGCGCAGCUCGACUCCCUCCUCCACCAGACACUACCCUUCCACCGCGUGUGGGUGCUCUCGUUCGGGAGCCCAAACGAAAAGUCGCUGAGAAGUAUCGUGGAUGGGUACAAUGACUCGAGAAUCAGUUUUAUAAGCUCGGCUUACGAUUUCAAGUACUACGGGAGGUUCCAGGUGGCCCUGCAGACGGAGGGUGAUCUCGUCUAUAUACUCGAUGACGAUAUGAUACCCGGGAGAAAGAUGCUGCAGAUAUUGUCCCACGUGGCGGGGACCAACAAGUACAUGAACUCGGUCUUGGGGAGUAUCGGCCGGAUUCUGCCGUUUAGGCAGAAGGACUUUACUUUCCCGAGCUACAGGAAGUUCCGGUCCAAGGAGGCCGGGCUUUACUUGCCAGACCCUGCUUAUGAUAUCACGGUUGAUAGGAUCGUCCGGGUUGAUUUCCUGUCGAGCUCUUGGUUUUUGUCCUCAGAGCUAGUCAAGACGCUUUUUAUUGAGACGCCUUUCACUUUCGCGACCGGUGAAGAUUUGCAUUUGAGCUACCAGCUCCAAAAGUACAGGGAUGCUGGCUCGUUUGUGCUGCCGGUCGACCCGGAUGAUAAGGACACAUGGGGCGACAGCGAACACCGCCUUGCAUACGUGUCGGAGACAACUGUAAUAUUCAAAGACAUAGUCCAGGUCCGGGACGACCAGUGGUGGAAGGCCCUCUCCACAGCCUACGUGGUCGUCCCGGGCGGGGAAUACUUCCGGUGUGAGGAUGCAGCCGCAUUGCUCAAGUGGCCCAAAUUGGUGUGCAAGGAGAGGCGGUUCAAGAUUUUGGAUCUCGGGGUUGGGGCCCUCUCAGAGGUCUCGGGGUCGGAGGUGCCAGUCGUGCAAGCGGUGUACGCCAGCAUGAGGGGUUUGGUGAGGAUUCACAACCCGAGCCUGGUGAUUGCGGUCUCGGAUUUAGACCCGAGCGUGGCCAAGGCUUUGAGAAUGGCGGCCGAGGCUAAGGCAAACGGCUCAUCAGUAUUGGUGUUGUUGCCGAGGUCAAGUGUGCUGAAGGCUCUCUGGAUGGCCGAUCUUCGCUCUACGGCAUUGCCUAAUUGGAAGCGGAUGCGGCUCACCGUAAGCAUCAUCACGCAAAAUCGUGCCAACUCCCUAACAAGGCUCCUCAAGUCCUUGGCCGACGCCUACUACCUAGGAGACGAGGUUCCGAUCACCUUCAACAUGGAUAGCAAAGUGGACGAGGAGACCAUAAAGCUCGUAAACUCAUUCGAGUGGCCCCAUGGCCCCAAGACCCUCCGGCGCCGCAUCAUCCAAGGCGGCCUCAUCCGUGCCGUGAGUGAAAGCUGGUACCCUACCUCCGACGAUGACUUCGGCCUUUUACUCGAGGACGACAUCGAGGUCUCCCCUUACUACUACCUCUGGGUCAAAUACGCCCUCCUUGCCUACCAUUACGACCCACAGGUGUCCCUCCCGGAGCUCUCGUCCAUCGCCCUCUACACGCCCCGUCUCGUGGAGGUUGUGAAAGAGAGGCCCAAGUGGAAGCCCACGGAGUUCUUCAAGCACAUUCACCCGCACACACCGUACCUCCACCAGCUCCCCUGCAGCUGGGGAGCCGUCUUCUUCCCCAAGCAGUGGCGGGAGUUUUACAUGUACAUGAACAUGCGCUUCACGGAGGACGCCAAGCAGAACCCCGUCCAGAUUCCAAAGUCGAGGACUAACGGGUGGCAGGCCUCGUGGAAGAAGUUCCUCAUAGACAUGAUGUACCUCAGGGGGUACGUUAGCCUGUACCCAAACUUCCCGGACCAAGCCAGCUUCUCCACCAAUCACAUGGAGCCGGGGGCCCACAUCAGCGCCAAGGACAAUGUGGUGAGGCACGACAAGACGGACUUCGAGGUGCCGCUGCUGAGGGUGGACUUCCGCAACUUUUUGCCCAAGGGGAAGCUGCCGCCGGCGUCCAAGCUGCCCUCGAUCAACCUUUUCAACAAGGCAGUGUCGCUCAGGGGGCUCAAGGCGGCCGGGGCGAAGCUGGGGCAGGAUGUGCUGGAGUGUGGCCCAGGGGAGAUUGUGGUAGUCCAUCAGGACACCGGUUUGCCUUGGCAUUGUGCUAAAUUCUGA